AUGUUUAGCAACAACUCAACCAUCCGUGGCUCGCGAGUUGCAUUGCCAUACGCCGCCCCCUUGCCCCGUAUUGGCCAGGGGUAUAGCGGUAGUGAGGGGGAUGAAAAGUACGAAGUGGUGAUUGUUGGUGCAGGGCCAGCUGGAUACACUCUGGAGCUGCUUCUCGCCCGUCAUGGCUUGACUGACCGAUCCUUACUCUGUAUCGACCUGAAGCCAAGGAGGGUGAUGUGUGGUCAGGCGGACGGACUGCAGCCCCGUACGCUGGAGGUCCUCAAGACUAUGGGUUUGGCCGAUCCAAUUCUGCAGGAUGGAUGUAAGCUCUGGGAGAUGAUGGUGUGGAAGCCCUCCAAGGACCAGUCUAUCGAGAGGUUUUCUAUUAUGGACAACAAAACUGGGCCUGCAAGAUACCAGCAGGCUAUCACCAUCAGUCAAGGCAUCAUUGAACAGAUUUUCGAGGAUGAUUUGUCCCAUUACUCGCAAAGAGGGGUCCAACGAAACAGCAAGCUGAUUGACGUAUCACUUGACGAAGAUGGCGACCCGGACUUUCCAGUCGUUGCGAUUAUCGAAACUAAUGGAGUGACACGCACUGUGCGAAGCAAGUUCCUUGUGGGAACCGAUGGAGCGCAUUCGACGGUCCGAAAAUGUAUGGGAGUUCAGCUCAAUGGAGAGUCUAUCGAUGAUUUCUGGGGAGUGAUCGAUUUUGUUGCAGAUACUGAUUUCCCUGACAUUCGGAGAUUCGGUCGAGUCCAUUCGCAUAAAGGCACCAUCAUGGUGAUUCCACGGGAACAGACUGUCAACGGGGAUUACUUGACACGCUUAUAUAUCCAGAUGCCGCAACAAGAUCUACCGGAGACCAACAGCCCUCCUAGCAAUAGCUCUGAUUCAAGGAACUCUCGCAAAAGCCGGAUUACAUUGGAAGGCAUCUUCCAGCAGGCUUCUAAGAUAUUGGAGCCGUACUAUAUCAGGCCCAAGGUAGAAGGGGAUAUCAACUGGUGGACAGUAUAUCAAAUUGGCCAGCGAAUAGCAAAUAAUUUUGCCAUUAAGGACUCCAAAGGAAUUGGCAGGGUUAUCCUCACGGGAGAUGCUUGCCACACUCAUAGUCCAAAGGCCGGACAAGGUAUGAACAUAUCCAUGAUGGAUGCUCACAACCUGUCGUGGAAACUUGCGUACACGGUCCAUGGACUCUCCCCUAACUCUAGUGAUCCCGGAGUGCUGCUCAAAUCGUACGAAGUAGAGAGAUACAGUAUCGCCCGGCAGCUAAUCGACUUUGACAAGAAAUAUUCCUCUGCGUUCUCCAAAAGAACAGCUGUUGGAGAAGAAAAGGAGGUUGAAACCACAUUGAAACAGAGUUUGGAAGUAUACGAAGAGUCAAUCGCUUUUGCAAGUGGUUGUGGAGUUGAAUACCCUGAGAAUGAUCUAAUCGAUAGAACAUUUCCAGACGGUUAUCAAGAUCCAAUUAGCGGAACGGAUUACUUCCAUGGAAUUUUAAGACCAGGAAGACGGUUGCUAAACGUAGUAAUGAGGAGAUUUGCAGAUGGCUUUCAUCGAGACUUACAGGAUGACCUCGUCUCGAAUGGUCGCUUCCGCAUCAUCUUUUUAGCCUCUACGGAUCUAUUAGAUCCUAAUGGAACUUCAGCUCAAACUGUGCGCUCAAUCUCGGCCAUUCUUCCGUUUUUCCCGGCUUCCGUUAUUGAAGUUAUAGUGAUACACCCUCAGCUUCCGCGAGAUUUUAACUGGACUUGCCUUCCUAAGGAAUUGAAGCAAAUGUCCGAAAUGAGAUUCUACAGUGGCUACGAACCUGAUGAUGCCUAUAGGAUAUAUGGGGUCAACCCGACGGAUGGUGUGCUUGCAGUUGUGCGGCCGGAUGGUUGUGUCGGGGUGAUUUCUAGAAUCGAUGAUAUCCUACGGUUGACAACUUACUUGGAGAAAUGCAUAAAAAGACUAUGA